UUAUAAUCAUCAGAUCGCUUCUUCACUUGGUUUUCAGGGCUCUCUCUCAAACCCUCUUCGAACAAAAUUUCCACAAAUCUUUUUUAACAAUUAAUUUUCGAGUUUCUUUGAUAAGAUCAAGAACACAGUGGAGAAAGAUCCACAUAUCAAAAAACCAAGUGAGGUUGUCUAUAUCAAGAAGACGAAAAUGCCCUUGUCGGCGACGGCGGAUACAAGUAAGACGGUGAAGCUGGAGAGGUACAACAGCUACCUCCGCAAGAUUCACAGCACCAAAGUUCUCAACGCUUCUUCUAAAGUUCUUUUCCGAGCAACGUUACUUGUAGCUCUUGUCCUUGUCCUCCUCUUCGCCAUCAACUACCCUCCACUCUCCGACAGCCGCGCCGCCGCAGCUCAUCAUCUCCACCGUCGUAGCUUCUUAUCCACCGGACUAUUCUCUUCCUCUUCUUCUUCUUCCUCCUCCUCUAUCGGUGGAGCCGCGUGGGAAAAGCGCGUUAGACAAUCCUCAACUGCUAAAAGACAACACGGUCUCUCUGUCCUAGUCACCGGAGCAGCUGGCUUCGUCGGAUCCCACUGCUCACUCUAUCUAAGGAAACGAGGCGAUGGAGUCUUGGGAUUCGACAAUUUCAACGAUUACUACGACCCAGCACUCAAAAGAGCAAGACAAGCUCUCUUGGAGAAGCAACAAGUGUUCAUAGUCGAAGGUGAUCUCAACGAUGGACCACUCUUACGUAAACUCUUCGAUGUCGUCCCAUUCACUCACGUUCUUCACUUAGCCGCUCAAGCCGGAGUACGUUACGCUAUGAAGAAUCCUCAAUCUUACAUCGCAUCCAACAUAGCCGGAUUCGUAAACCUCCUCGAAGUAGCCAAAGCAGCUAAUCCUCAGCCAGCGAUUGUUUGGGCUUCCUCUAGCUCUGUUUACGGUCUCAACACUGAGAACCCAUUCUCUGAAGAACACAGAACAGACCAGCCUGCGAGUCUUUACGCCGCGACCAAGAAAGCCGGUGAAGAGAUCGCACAUACUUACAACCACAUCUACGGUCUCUCCUUAACCGGACUACGGUUCUUCACAGUCUACGGUCCAUGGGGAAGACCAGACAUGGCUUACUUCUUCUUCACUAAAGACAUCCUCCACGGCAAAUCAAUCGACAUUUACAGAACACAAGACAAUCAAGAAGUGGCGCGUGACUUCACCUACAUCGACGACAUCGUCAAAGGAUGUGUCGGUGCGUUAGACACGGCCGAGAAAAGCACAGGAAGCGGCGGAAAGAAAAGAGGACAAGCUCAGCUACGUGUUUACAACCUCGGAAACACGUCUCCUGUUCCGGUCGGAAGACUGGUCUCGAUCUUGGAAGGGCUGCUAGGGACAAAAGCCAAGAAGCAUCUCAUCAAAAUGCCGAGAAACGGUGACGUGCCUUACACGCAUGCUAACGUGAGCUUAGCGUACAAAGACUUCGGAUACAAACCGACGACGGAUCUAGCGGCGGGGCUGAGGAAGUUCGUCAAGUGGUACGUUGGUUAUUACGGGAUACAGCCGAGGGUAAAAAAGGAAAACUCUCACGCCGAAGAUUCCGCUUAAUAAUUUUACUUCCACCAUCUCUCUCUCAUCAUCACAUGCUUGUUUUUUUUUUUUUUACAAAACCAAAAAAAAAAAACUUAUAAAUCA